GCACUUCAUCCUUCUCUGUUGCUGGUCGGGGUGUGUGGAUGUGUGUAUAUGUGUGUGUGGAUGUUAGGCGGCACGUUUCUAAAUGCGCAUGCGCUUUGGCCACCGGUCUGAAGGCGGAAUGAGCUCAUUAAGCUUGCGGGAAGCUAUCUCUUUAAGAAGCACACUCCUGUUGCACCGGGAGGCUGGUGUUUUUCCACUCUCACUGAUAUCACACGGGCGCCCGUUAUAAGGAAUUGGAGUCCAGGAAAUUAAAAAAAAAAAACGCGUGUGAAUUAUUGUGUUGCGAGUGCUCCGGUACCCAGUCAUCGCACAACAAGCAACAAGAGAAGGACCGAACAGCACAAUAAAGUAGUCGACAGCAUGGCCCAGAAAGAGAAGCUCCAGUAUUUGAAGGACUUCCAUAAGGACACGCUGAAGCCGUCUCCGGGCAAGAGUCCCGGCACGCGCCCAGAGGACGAGGCGGAGGGCAAGCCGUUGCAGCGAGAGAAAUGGUCGAGCAAGAUGGACUUUCUGCUGUCUGUGGCUGGGGGCUUUGUAGGUUUAGGGAACGUCUGGCGUUUCCCUUACCUCUGCUACAAGAAUGGCGGAGGUGCAUUUCUCAUUCCCUACUUCAUCUUUCUGUUCGGUGGAGGGCUGCCUGUGUUCUUCUUGGAGGUGGCUCUCGGUCAGUACACUUCCGAGGGAGGCAUCACCUGCUGGGGGAAACUCUGUCCCAUUUUCACUGGCAUCGGCUAUGCUUCCGUAGUGAUCGUGUCUCUGCUUAAUAUCUACUACAUCGUGAUCCUAGCCUGGGGGCUCUAUUACCUGCUGCACUGUUUCCAGCCAGUGCUACCUUGGGCAGGAUGCAGGCACAGCUGGAACACAAACAGCUGUGUGGAGGACACCGUCCGCAAGAACAAAAGCCUUUGGCUGAUCUCUAACUUCACCAACAGCACCAGUGCUGCUCUCAACUUCACCUCACCUGUUACUGAGUUCUGGGAGCAUAAUGUCUUGUCUAUCUCUUCCGGCAUUGAUGAAAUGGGCUCCAUCAAGUGGGAGUUGGCCUUGUGCCUGCUGGCUGUGUGGGUCAUCUGCUUCUUCUGCAUCUGGAAGGGGGUUAAGUCCACUGGCAAAGUCGUGUACGUCACUGCUACAUUCCCCUUUAUCAUGCUCCUGGUUCUUUUGGUCCGAGGGGUCACGUUGCCGGGAGCUUCCGAGGGCAUCAAGUUCUACUUGUACCCUGACCUUGGGCGUCUGCAAGACCCAGAGGUCUGGAUUGAUGCAGGAACUCAGAUUUUCUUUUCUUAUGCCAUUUGUUUGGGUGCAAUGACAUCCCUGGGGAGCUACAACAAGUACAAAUACAACUGCUACAGGGACUGUCUGCUGCUGGGAUGCCUCAACAGCGGAACAAGCUUUGUGUCUGGCUUUGCUAUAUUCUCCGUCCUGGGCUUCAUGGCACAAGAGCAAGGGGUGGACAUUAAAGAUGUGGCAGAGUCAGGUCCAGGGCUUGCUUUCAUUGCUUACCCUAAAGCAGUUACAAUGAUGCCAAUGCCCACGUUCUGGGCCAUCCUCUUCUUCAUCAUGUUGCUGCUGCUAGGAUUGGACAGCCAGUUUGUGGAAGUGGAAGGCCAGAUCACUUCACUGGUGGAUCUGUAUCCCUCCCUCCUAAGGAAGGGCUAUCGUCGAGAGAUUUUCAUCGCUGUGAUUUGCUUCAUUAGUUAUCUGCUGGGUCUCACUAUGGUCACCAAUGGUGGCAUGUACGUGUUUCAGCUAUUUGACUACUAUGCAGCCAGCGGUGUGUGCCUAUUAUGGGUUGCAUUCUUUGAAUGCAUUGCUGUAGCCUGGGUUUAUGGCGCUGAUAAUUUCUACGAUGCGAUUGAGGACAUGAUUGGUUACAGACCAAACCCAUGGAUGAAAUGGAGCUGGAGUGUGUUUACACCAGUUUUAUGUGUGGGAUGUUUUGCCUUUUCGCUGGUGAAAUACAAGCCCCUGACGUACAAUAAGGGGUAUAAAUAUCCUGAAUGGUCCGUCGGUGUGGGCUGGUGUCUUGCACUGAGCUCCAUGGUGUGCAUCCCGAUGGUGGUGGUCAUCAAGAUCCUCCAGUCUGAUGGAUCUCUGAUAGAGCGCAUCAAGGCAGUGGCAGCUCCAGUGGCGGGUUGGGCGAGCUCUCGAACCAAAGAAAACGGCCUGAAGAACAGUGAGCUCCUGCACCCUCUGGAUCCCAGCGGGAGCAUGGCGCUCACCAAACCUACGCACACCAUCGUCGAGACCACCAUGUGAAAUCGCCCGACACAUUCACACACGCUCCCACCAUCGUAGAGAGAAAAAAAAAGAAGAUUACUUGAGCCCUCUCUAUGAGAGAACCCCCCCGCCCCCUCCCUCUGCUGCUCCCCUCUUGUGUGUGUACCCACCCCCACGCCCCUUCUCUCCCUCCCCUUAACUGCUGAAUUAGGAUCAGGUGUAACUUCUGUGUGUGCACUAGGAAUACUCUGACUAGAUUUUUACUAAGGGUCAUGUGUAUUUAUGAUACACUCUUGCGUAAUCUUGUGUACUCUGUACUCUCUAGUUUUUUUUUUGUUUCUCUCUGGCCUUUUUUUUUAUUCUAAAAGAUAGUGUUACCGUAGUGAGCUUUUGUUCUUGGAUAUCAGGCAGUAUUUGCUUGAAAAGACUGUGCUGCUUUACCACCGUACUGUAGAUGACUGGAAAGACUUAGAGAAGAUGUGGAGAAACUGUUGGUCAGGAGAAGCAGCAAAUGCCUAACUAUAUACAGUAACACGUUUCCAGAUAGCUGUGGAAAAGAUUAAUGUCCUCGCAUAGUUUUGUGGCAGUAUAUCCUUGUAACCUGAAGAGGCUGUUUCUGGUUUGUCGUCGUGAUUUUUGAAACUGAAUGUACAGUACCUCCACCUUAACAAGUGGAAGCGCAGUCCACACACUCAUAUACACACACACACACACACACACACUUCACACCUAAUGGAGCUGGAGCGUCCUCCUGCACACACUUACUCUAGACUGAAUGUAUCAUUUCAACAUACAGUUGUUACAUUGCCUCAUUAGAAACCAAUGCAGACACCCUUUCUCCCCUCUCUAAAAUACACUAAUCAACCAUGUCACAUUUUGUAUGUAUAUGAAUAAUGUUUGUGGUGUGGUUAUCCAGUUGAAAUCUCCGAAUCUGUGUUGAAACCCUACAGACCUUCUCUGAUCCGCCUAAUCCUAGUCUGAACCCCCAACAACACACACUGUUCCAUUGUUCCGAAUUGAAUCAGGCUUACUGCCCUCUGAGUGCAAGUACAUGCUUUUUGUAGUAUUCAAUUUGUUUUAAAUCAUAUAUGCCUUUUGUAUAAGCCAUUUUAUACCUUACAAGAUGUGAGCUAUGCCAGUUAUUACCUAUUUUUUCGGAAUACUUUCAUAGAUGAUGUAUUUAAAUAUCGGAUAAAAUACGAUGAAAUACCAUGGGCAGUUUGUGAUAUUUGUAAUGACUUUGGCUUUUAACUUCAGCCCAGUCACAAGGGCCACCCCACUGUACCGCAGGAGCAGGAAGACUGUGUAAAUCCCAUGAUGCCCCUUGUGCACAUUUUCCCAGCUGGCAAGGGCAUACCAAACAGACAUACUCCAACCGUAUAUAAACAUUAACAAACCCGUUUUUAUGUCAAAAGAAAAAAGUACAUGUGAACCAAAGUAGAUUUGUUACAGAUUCAGCCCCUUCAAGAUGCAUAUUGCAUCUGUGUUAUUCGAAAUAAAGUUUUUUUGCGCUUA